CUUCAGUAGUUGGCAAUAAGUAAUAAUAACCUCAAAUUUUAUUAAUUUACUUCAGCACUUGUUUGUGGAUAAGUGUAUUCAAGAUGAAACUUUUCCAAGCCUUAUUUCGUAGGAAAGGUAUGCCCAAUGGUCAUAUCUACAGAGGUAAACAAAGGCUGGUGAAAGAGGUGACCCCAAGAGAUAUGCAAAAGUUGAGGAACGAAUAUGCAAUUGAAGAGAAGAAUAUGUUCUACUUGAGGCAUCCCUAUUUGACUAUGGAAGAAUCUAAAGGUCAUGCUAUAGCCUUAGGUAAAGUGGAAAGAAAUUUGCUAGCCAUGAAGAUGAAGCAGAAGGAAUUCAAAGAUAAUGUGAGAUUGGAAGAUCGUCUGAAUCAUUUAAGAUUUAAGGAAUCUUGGGAUUAAAUUAUUAUAUAUAAUGUAGUUUGUAAAUAAAUGUUUGUUGUUUUGUAGUAAUUUAAA